UUUCGCUCAAAACCAAAAAGCGAAGAUGGAACCUCCCGAUCUAAACGUAGAAAAUCAUGAAAGUGAAACAGAAAAAACGGUGAAACGUCGUCGAUUAGGACGUUCGUUCGGUGGCCGCAAUUCCAGCUGGGUUCCACCGUUUGCUACUCCACCAUCUGGCCAGAAGUCUCGGGGUGGGAGUACUGGAGAUGUCGCUACAGGAAUUGACCACUCCCCAACAACGGCUUCAUUCAGUAAAUCCAGCCCAAAUAGUAAUGGUGAAAAGCUGAUGUCUACGCCUUUGAGCAGUACACCAAGGUCAAGUCAUCCGAGGUCAUUGGGUUCACUGUCUUCACGUAAAAGGAGUCGAGGAGACUUCAAGUCACCAAUGAGAAAUCAAGGUGAAAAGAAGCAAGAAGAAACCCCUGAGUCCAUCGAGAGAGAGAACGACAAACUGAGAGCAAGACUAUCAGAGUUAGACAAAGAAAUUUCAGAGCUGAAGGAUGAAGGUCUGAGCGAGGAUGAGCUCCAGCUUCACAUCCAGAAGAUGCAUGAGUACAAUGAACUUAAGGACAUGACUCAGAUGCUGCUAGGAAGAAUAGCCAUGUUUGAGGGAGUAACGACGAGACAACUCCAUGAAGAAAUGGGACUAGGGGAAGACUGACAAACGCUGAAAACCUGAAAAGAUGAUGGGUUCUUCAUUGUCUGUUUCUCUGCGGCGUACUUCUCCCUCAUGAUCUGCUCGUCGAUCUCCUUCUCUCUCCUCUGACGAAGCAGCCCUUGCUUAGGGG